AGAUGAGCAUAGGAGAGGAGAGUAGGAGGAGGAGAGAUGAAGAGAUUCAGAUUAGUGAAGCCGAACUGAAUUUCUCUCCUGUCAGCCUCUUGUUCUCGUUUGCCAUCAUUCAGCCUAAUAACAUAAGGAUAAAACUGAACACAUCAGAUGAAACUGAGUGAUGAGCAGCUGGGGCAACUGGACCAAGUGGACCAGGCCAGUAUGCAAAGUUUUGUUUGUUUGGUGUGUAAGAAGCCAUGAAGAUGGUAUAAAAAUUAUUGUCUGAAGUGGACCACCAGAAGACAUGCAGCACAACCACAAAAGCGCGGCACGUAACGGCUAUGCUAACGCUGUGGACGGUGAAGAUGGUGGCGGCGAGGGUGAGGAGGGGGGAGAAGAGGACGGAGGAGGAGAUGGGGGAGAGGAGAGAGGCGGCGGGGACUGGGACGAGGACCUGGAAGGCGAGGACGGCGGAGUGAGGAUGACCAGGACGGACACCCUCCACUCCACCACGAGCUCCACUGGAACACAACGUAGGAGAGGACAACACGCUAAGAAACAAGUCCAGGGCACCAAUCAGGUACAACGAGCUCCCCGAGCGUUGUUCUGCCUGAAGCUCAACAACCCCAUCAGACGUGCGGCGCUCUCCAUUGUUGAAUGGAAGCCAUUUGACAUUUUCAUCCUGCUAGCCAUCUUUGCUAACUGUGUCGCUUUGGGUGUGUCCAAACCAUUUCCUGAGGACGACUCCAAUUCCACCAACCACGACCUGGAACAAGUGGAGUAUGUCUUCCUCAUUAUCUUCACUGUGGAAACCUUCCUGAAGAUCCUGGCUUACGGUCUGGUCAUGCAUCCAAGUUCUUACAUCCGAAACGGCUGGAACCUUCUGGACUUUGUCAUUGUCAUCGUCGGUUUGUUCAGCGUCGUCCUGGAGACCAUGACGCACAAGUCGGGCGAGCAGGCGAGCACACACCACAUGCCGGGCAAACCUGGAGGUCUGGAUGUCAAAGCUUUGCGCGCCUUCCGGGUCCUGCGGCCCCUCAGGCUGGUUUCAGGAGUUCCCAGUCUGCAGAUCGUGCUGAACUCCAUCAUGAAGGCCAUGGUUCCCCUGCUCCACAUCGCUCUGCUGGUCCUCUUCGUCAUCAUCAUCUACGCCAUCAUCGGCUUGGAGCUCUUCAUCGGACGCAUGCACAGAACCUGCUACUAUAUAGAAACUGACAUGUAUGUGGAGGACGACCCGGUGCCGUGCGCCUUCGCCGGUCACGGCCGCCAGUGCACGUUGAACAGCUCAGAAUGUCGUGGGCGCUGGGAUGGGCCCAACGGAGGCAUUACCAAUUUUGACAACUUUUUCUUCGCCAUGUUAACGGUGUUCCAAUGUAUCACCAUGGAGGGCUGGACCGACGUCCUGUACUGGAUGAACGACGCCAUCGGCUUCGAGUUGCCAUGGGUCUACUUUGUCAGUCUGGUCAUCUUUGGCUCCUUCUUCGUUCUCAACCUGGUUCUUGGCGUCCUCAGCGGAGAGUUCAGCAAGGAAAGGGAGAAGGCGAAAGCUCGUGGAGACUUCCAGAAGCUCCGCGAGAAGCAGCAAAUGGAGGAGGACCUGUGUGGAUACAUGGACUGGAUCACACAGGCUGAGGACAUGGACGAGCUGGACGAGGAUAGAAACUCGCGUCCAUCUCUGGGUGAUCUGUCAGAUAAGAAGAAAGGGAAGUUUGGAUGGUUCAGUCACUCCAAUGAAACACACGCAAGUCUUCCCGCCAGCGAAACGGCGUCUGAGAACACGGAGAACAUCGAUGAAGAACACACCAACUGCUGCCAGGCCUGCUGUGCUCGAAUGAUGAAGAUCAGCUGCUGUCGUACUCUGCGACGCUGGAACCGAGUGUGUCGCAGGAACUGUCGCACUGCGGUCAAAUCUGUGACAUUCUAUUGGCUGGUGCUGCUGCUCGUCUUCCUCAACACGUCCCUCAGCGCCUCCGAGCACUACAACCAACCUGAUUGGCUGACGCAGGUGCAGGAUAUCGCCAACAAGGUGCUGCUGUCACUGUUCACGGUGGAGAUGCUUCUGAAGAUGUACAGCCUGGGCCUGGCUCAUUACUUUGUGGCGUUCUUCAACCGCUUUGACUGCUUCGUGGUGUGCGGCGGUAUCAUGGAGACCAUCCUGGUGGAACUGGGCAUCAUGCCACCGCUGGGAAUCUCCGUGCUACGUUGCGUCCGGCUGCUGCGAAUCUUCAAGGUCACGCGCCAUUGGACGGCACUGUCCAACCUGGUGGCGUCUCUGCUCAACUCCAUGAAGUCCAUCGCCUCGCUACUGUUGCUCCUCUUCCUCUUCCUCAUCAUUUUCGCCCUGUUGGGAAUGCAACUCUUUGGUGGCAAGUUCAACUUCGACGAGACACAGACCAAGCGCAGCACCUUCGACGCUUUCCCACAGGCGCUGCUCACCUGCUUCCAGAUCCUGACAGGCGAGGACUGGAACGUGGUAAUGUACGAUGGUAUCAUGGCAUACGGUGGCCCCGUCUUUCCGGGGAUGAUCGUCUGCAUCUACUUUGUCAUCCUGUUUAUUUGCGGAAACUACAUCCUGCUCAACGUCUUCUUGGCCAUUGCUGUGGACAAUUUGGCCGGAGGCGACGGAGACGACAAAGCGAAAGAGAAGAAGACGGAGGGAGCGGAGGAGGAAGAGGCAGAGGAGGAGAAGCAAGUGAAGGUGGACAUUGACGAGGACACAGAGUACGAGGAAGAGGAGGAGCUUCCGGAAGGCGAAGAUGACGGCGGCGCACAGCUGAAGAUGGCUGACUUGGCCCCGCCCAAAGAAAAGAUUCUUCCCAUCCCAGACGGGAGUGCGUUCUUCUGCCUCAGCAAGACAAACCCCAUCCGAGUGGCGUGCCACACUCUGAUCCACCACCACAUCUUCACCAACCUCAUCCUGGUCUUCAUCAUCCUCAGCUCGUGCUCAUUGGCUGCUGAAGAUCCCAUCAGAGCGCACUCCUUUCGGAACAACGUUCUGGGUUAUGCCGACUAUGCCUUCACCUCCAUCUUCACCGUCGAAAUCCUGUUCAAGAUGACGGUCCACGGAGCGUUCCUGCACCAGGGCUCUUUCUGCAGGAACUGGUUCAACUUGUUAGAUCUCCUCGUAGUCAGCGUGUCACUCGUCUCCUUCUUCCUACAUUCCAGUGCCAUCUCGGUGGUAAAGAUCCUUAGGGUCCUCCGUGUGCUCAGACCUCUGAGGGCCAUAAACAGAGCCAAAGGCCUCAAGCACGUGGUCCAAUGUGUGUUUGUGGCCAUCAGGACCAUCGGCAACAUUAUGAUCGUCACAACAUUGCUCCAGUUCAUGUUUGCGUGUAUCGGGGUGCAACUCUUCAAGGGUAAAUUCUAUCGUUGUACCGAUGAGGCCAAACACACACCUGAACAGUGCAAAGGGACAUUUGUGGUGUACAAAGAUGGAGACGUAAACCAUCCGAUGGUGCGAGAAAGAAUUUGGCACAACAGUGACUUCAAUUUUGACAAUGUGCUCAUGGGAAUGAUGGCACUCUUCACCGUGUCUACUUUUGAGGGCUGGCCCGCCCUGCUAUACAAGGCCAUCGACGCCAACGGGGAGAACUCGGGUCCCAUCUACAACUACCGUGUGGAGAUCUCCAUCUUCUUCAUCGUCUACAUCAUCAUCAUCGCCUUCUUCAUGAUGAACAUCUUCGUGGGUUUCGUCAUCAUCACGUUCAGGGAGCAGGGAGAGCAGGAGUAUAAGAAUUGUGAACUGGACAAGAACCAGCGUCAAUGCGUCGAGUACGCUCUAAAGGCUCAGCCCCUAAAGCUCUACAUCCCCAAGAACCCAGUUCAGUACAAAUUCUGGUCCAUCAUCAACUCCACAGCCUUUGAGUACGUCAUGUUUGUGCUCAUCCUGCUCAACACCGUCACACUCGCCAUCCAGCACUACGAGCAGUCCAAGACCUUCAGCCACAUCAUGGACAUCCUCAAUAUGGUCUUCACUGGACUCUUCACUGUGGAGAUGCUGCUCAAACUGUUAGCCCUCAGACUCAGGCAUUACUUUGUGGAUGCGUGGAAUUCCUUUGAUGCUCUCAUCGUGGUUGGCAGUGUGGUAGACAUCGUAGUGACGGAGUUCAGCAGCGGAGAGGACAGCUCUCGAGUGUCCAUUACGUUCUUCCGCCUCUUCCGAGUGAUGCGAUUGGUCAAACUGCUGAGCAAAGGGGAGGGCAUCCGAACCCUCCUAUGGACCUUCAUCAAGUCGCUGCAGGCACUCCCGUAUGUCGCCCUGCUCAUCGCCAUGAUCUUUUUCAUCUACGCAGUCAUCGGCAUGCAGACGUUUGGGAAGGUCGCCAUGCAGGAUCACACGCAGAUCAACAGGAACAACAACUUCCAGACUUUUCCUCAGGCCGUCCUCCUCCUCUUCAGGUGUGCGACAGGCGAGGCAUGGCAGGAGAUCAUGCUGGCCAGUCUUCCCGGGAAACGCUGCGAUCCUGAGUCCGACUACGAGCCAGGAGAAGAGUUCAGCUGCGGGAGCAACUUUGCCAUCGUUUACUUCAUCAGCUUUUUCAUGUUGUGUGCCUUCCUGAUCAUAAACUUGUUUGUGGCAGUCAUCAUGGACAACUUUGACUACCUAACCCGGGACUGGUCGAUCCUAGGUCCACAUCACCUCGAUGAGUUCAAGAGGAUCUGGUCAGAAUAUGAUCCAGAGGCCAAGGGUCGCAUUAAACAUUUGGAUGUUGUGGCUCUACUUCGAAGGAUACAACCUCCUCUUGGCUUUGGAAAACUGUGUCCUCACAGAGUAGCGUGUAAGCGUCUGGUGGCUAUGAACAUGCCUCUGAAUGCAGACGGCAUGGUGACAUUCAACGCCACCCUCUUUGCGCUGGUCCGCACGGCACUGAAGAUCAAGACCGAAGGCAACCCAGAUCAGGAGAACGAGGAGCUAAGGGGGAUCAUCAAGAAGAUCUGGAAGAGAAUGAAACCAAAACUUCUGGAUGAAGUCAUUCCACCACAUGAAGAGGAGGAAGUGACAGUUGGGAAGUUCUAUGCCACUUUCCUGAUCCAAGAUUACUUCCGCAAGUUCCGGAAGAGGAAGGAGAGAGGGGGUCUGAGUGUGGAGACUGACGCCACCAACCCGUCAGCCGUACAGUUAUGUAAAGCAGGUCUCAAGACUCUGCAGGAUCUCGGUCCAGAGAUGCGUCUGGCCCUCAAUGAAGACCUGGAGGAGGAAGAGGAGGAGGAAGAAGAAGAAGAAGAGGAGGACUCCAUGAGGGAAGAGGAAGAGAUGGACACAGUAGGACCACACAAUGACCGGCGGGAAUCUAUUGUGCCCGUCGGUCCAGGGGGAGUCAUGGGUGACAGCGGUGUGGUAAAUGGUGGUUUGAUCCAUCGGGUCGGUUCUCUCUGCAAAAUGUCUAAUGGCGGCGAUUACGAUGCUCACAUUUCACGGCGAGACAAUCUGAGGUCAUCUGUUAAUCAUCAUCACCGCCGACCCUCAGUCAGGAAUGGGCUUCUAGACAACACCCACAAGAGGCCGUCGCAUUACAAAUAUGGAAGGAGGGACUUGAGGUACAGGCACUGGCGGAAUGGCGACAUGGACAUAUCUAGAGAGACACGUUACUACACAAGAGAAGACGACACAGCCAGCAUCACUUCCACAGAAAGAUAUUACCCUGAUGAUCCUCUGCACGAUGAUGACCACGCCCCCUACAGUCACUAUGGUAACGGCUACAGCGAGGGUAGAAGAGCAACACGGAGGCGUAUUCUCCCGGCCACGCCCACAGGUCGAAAGCCCUCGUUCAACAUUCAGUGUCUGAGACGUCAGGGCAGCAGUGACGACUUACCCAUGCCGGGAACGUACCACCCCAAUUCUCCUCCGCGCCGCACCUGCACUCAGACAUACAGCAGUUACGACCAUCCUCCGUCAUCCGGUCGCUCUUCUGCGGUUUCCUCCACGUCCUGGGCCAAUCCUUGUCCUCGCCGCGGUCGCCUCCUGUAUGCUCCUCUCAUCCUGGUGGAGGAGGAGGGAAGCCCAUCGUGGCGGCGAGAAGGAGAAGGAGAACGAGGAACAGGAGGAGGCCGGGAGGACAAGCUGGGGGGAGCAGGAAGAGCAGGUGUCAGCGUGACGGGAGCGGCGCCGAGUCCCGCCUGGUACGGCGCUACGGGAGCCCCACCUCCUUACAGAGCGUACACCACUCUCAGAGUUCCUUCUCAGCUCGGUGCUCCGUUUGGCGAGAAACGUGGCUCGGCCGACAGUCUGGUGGAGGCGGUUCUCAUCUCUGAAGGUCUCGGCCUUUACGCACGUGAUCCCAAAUUUGUGGCAUUCGCAAAGCGGGAGAUCGCGGACGCAUGUCACAUGACCGUGGACGAGAUGGAAUCGGCUGCCAGCGACCUGCUGGGGUCCGCGAGCCACGACUUCCUCAACACCACCGGCACAGAACCCGCUGCACUCUACAGCGAUGAGGAGCCGAUCAGAACGGGCCGAGAGGAGGACGAGCUCGCUGACGAAAUGAGCUGCGUGACAUCAUUUUGAUGGACAGGUGUUCACGGCCAAUCAGGGACCGUGGAGG